GCCAGGAUGCUCCCUCUUGGGAAAGCAGAGUUUCAAAGCAGGACAUCCAGCUGUGUGCACCAACACAAAUCACGGGACCGCAUGCAAAGAACGACCGGGAGCCCACCCGGCUUUCCUGAGCCACCACAGCUUCUGCAGGGAGCUAGGCUGGGCUUCUGCUAAGCCUUUUGGCAGCAAAGCAAAAAUCCAGCUGUUGCUCUUCUUUUCCGUAGCGUCCAGAUGCAGAGCUGGCCCUCCUUCCCUUCCAGCCAGGAAUGGGAGAACGGCCGGGGAAAAAUAUUCCAGCCCUUGGGCAGCUCUUCACUUCCCAUAGGCAAACAUGCUCUUUACCUCGCUGCUAUCUUAAGCAAAUAUUUCCCCAGGAAUGUUGUCAGCCCUCUAGUCUGAUGCCAUUAAUUGAUUUCCAUUAAAUCAGAAGGCUGCUUGUUUUCCAGACAAAGGGUUGUCCACCCAUUAGCCCCUCAAACCUCUGUCGUCGCUGAUGAAAUACAACGUGGAGCAGCUCAGCACCUCUUCCAGCCGGGUACAGCUUGUGCAGCCCACAUGGGUCUCGCAAUAGAGACACAGGAAAACAGUGCAGGGUGCUUCUAGCUGGUUAAUUAGUGUCUACAAGCAAAUUCAGCCAGAAACGCAGUUUCAGCUGGUGAUGGAGAAACAGGAAAAGGCAGAUGUCAGCGGUUCGACCAUACUCCAAAGCACUGAAAGACCGUAUCUUGACUGCCAAUUUGAGAUAAAUAUCACGUUGCUGCUCUCUCACGUGGGGCUACGUUAGUUAGUGCCAGUCAUAUGGAUGCAGGGGCCCGGCGUUUACGUUUCCCAGAUAGAAAAUGAAGGCCCCGGGCAGCAGCCUGUGUAAUCAGCGCAGCCUUUGCACAGGUCAGGAGUGUGACGGGUCUGCUUGUGUGAAAAGGGCACAUUUCAGGAUUUGCACGUGCCCUUCUGCUCCGCUCGCCGGUCUGUCAUGGGUCUUUUUCUGUCUCCAUGACUCGCCGGCCCCUCCUCUGGCUCCCAGCAUUUGAAGCUGAGCUCUUUGGCCAAACAGUCCUUGCUGAAAUGUCAAUACGCUACUGGGACACGCUGGCUUGCAGGGUUCAUCAUGGUUUCCAGGCAGCGUGUGGCUCUGUUCCUCUGCUUCCCGAUACUGAUUCCUCUUUCUCUGGAUGCAGUGUUUCUGAGGCAGGAGGAGGCAAGCAGCGUCUUGCAAAGGAGAAGACGAGCCAACAGCUUCUUCGAAGAGAUAAAGCUGGGGUCACUAGAGCGAGAAUGCAUGGAGGAAAAGUGUUCCUUUGAGGAAGCAAGAGAGAUUUACCGUGAUGAUGAAAGGACAAAAGAGUUCUGGCACAUCUAUUCCGACCCUAACCAGUGUGACUCCAACCCCUGUCAGAACGGCGGGAGCUGUGACGACCAGUUUCAGGAUUACGUUUGCCGCUGUCCCGCCGAAUAUGAGGGCAAAAGCUGCGAAAAAGCGGUGGCCGACAAACUGAAGUGCAUUUAUGACAACGGUGGCUGUGAACAGUACUGCACCGACGAGCGGGGUGAAAAACGAGUGUGCUUCUGCGCGGACGAUUACGCUUUAGGGAGUGACGGCGUGUCCUGCAUCCCCCAAGUGAAAUACCCAUGUGGAAAAAUACCGGUGCUGGCAAAGAAAAAUGCAACCGCACGGGGGAGAAUAGUAGGUGGUUUAAUCUGUCCUCCAGGUGAAUGUCCAUGGCAAGCCCUUAUACUGCAAAAUCAGCAAGAAACAUGUGGUGGUACCCUGCUUUCUCCAGAGUGGGUAGUCACGGCAGCUCACUGUUUGGAGCAUGUUCAUCCUAAAGAUCUUCGGGUGAGACUGGGUGAACAUGCAAUAAAUUAUGAUGAGAAAACCGAGCAAGAAAGUGGAGUUGCCAAGAUAAUCAUUCAUGAAAGAUACAUAAAUGGACAAGUCAAUAACGAUAUUGCCCUCCUGCGCCUGGAAACACCUGUGAAUCUCACCGAUUACGUGGUGCCGAUAUGUUUGCCUGAAAAACGGUUUGCAGUGCAUGAACUGUCCUCCAUCAAGUUCUCCACAGUGAGCGGAUGGGGACGCCUACUAGAUGGAGGUGCCACCUCUUCUGUUCUGAUGAGAAUUGAUUUGCCACGUGUAAAGACACAAGAAUGUGAAAAGGAGACCGAUUUAAAUAUUACAGAGAAUAUGUUCUGUGCAGGAGACCUGAUGGGCGUUAAAGACUCCUGUAAGGGAGACAGUGGUGGACCUCAUGCUACAAAGUACAAGAACACUUGGUUUCUGACUGGGAUUGUCAGCUGGGGAAAGGGCUGUGCUGUUAAAGGCAGCUAUGGGGUUUACACGAGGGUAUCCAAAUACAUCAACUGGUUGAAGCAGCAAAUGGAUUAACGAUGGUGAACCAGAGCAUUUCCAGAUCAUGUUGUUGCCCCUCAAUCCUUCUGUGCCAUUUUCCUAUCAAAGCAUUCCUUCCUUAUUUUAGAUAUGUGAUACAUGUGAUACCCACACCACUAUUAAUGAUUUGAAAUGAGCCUAAUGCCUACUUGAAUAUAUAAAAUAACUUCCCUAUCAGCAUUGUUUGUAAAUUUGCAUGUCUUGUCAAGCGGGCACAGAAUGGCCACAGCAAAUUGGACAGAGUCCCUCUCGUUCUGCAUCCAUUUUCUACUAAAGGACAGAGCCAGAUGCUGAGAGAAAGACUGUCAGCAACACAUCAAGCUCCUUCCUCCAGCUACCCUUUCAGCUUCUGGUAAUCAGUGAUGUACAGACUUCCUGAGGCAGAAGUUGCAUUAGGUUGAAUAGUCAAGAAUGACCCUGUUGUCCAAAAAUGUGUGCAAUCUCUUUUGAACACACUUAUGUUUCUAGCUUUUGCAACUUCCUACGCCGCUGGGUCCUGUAAUGUAAUGAUGCAAUAGAAGAAAUAGAAAAAGUGUUUCUUUUAGCUUAUGUUAAAGUAGCUUUCUCCAGCAGUUGCAGUGGCAACAGGUACAUUUGAGGGGGAGGAACUGUAGACAGUCUCCAGGAGAAGACAGCUGAGAAAAAGUUAAUUCCACAUUUACAAGUCUGCUAUGAAAACUUGAUUUUAGUCUUCUUACACCAAGCAUUAUUGCAGUAAGGCUAUUAAGUGUAAUAUUUAACCCUACAUUUAUAAGUGGUGAAGAACACCAUAGAUGUAAUCCAAUCUUUGUUUUGGUACUAUGCUUGAUCAAUAUAGAAGAGGACAAAUGAAAGGGAAUAUUUAAUUUGUUGCCCAGUGUAAUCUAAAUUGUACUGUCUGUCCUGAGAUCUAAAAACAGAAUAAGAUAAAUGUCUGUCCAUCUGCAAAA